UGUAACCUCAGUGUUUUCAAAGUAUAAUUAGAAAUCCGUUUUCCUACUCUACAUAUGCAUGUCCCUACAGUACAUACUACGGUAUGUUAAUUGAGUCAGAAGUUUCUGUGUCAAUGUAUUGUUCCUUAUGACCAAUGAACAGGGCUAAGGUAGAUAGUUUAUAAGGAAGACGUAGUUGGAUUCCCCGGAGUAAGAGGUGAUGUCUUGUGUGUGGAGCAUGAGAUGACAGGACUCCUGGCCUGGGGGUCACACAGACAGUGACAAAUGGCCUCCAUAAGUGUUCAAGCAUGUAUACUCCUUUGUUAAAUAGGCCUGAACAACACACUGCAACAGGGACUUAUAAGGGCUAAACUCAAAUGUGGGGUGAGGGACAGGCAGACAGACGGAGAGGAAAUGUGGGAUAGGCAGAGGGAGGGAGAGGAAAUGAGGGACAGGCAGAGGGAAGGAGGGCUAAGUUCAAAUGUAGUGUGAGGGAAGGGCUAAGGAGAGGGAUUGGACACGAGGCAGAUGGAGAGGAAUUGAGGGACAGGCAGAGGGAAGGAGAGAAAAUGAGGGAUAGGCAGACAGGGAGGGGAAACAAGGCAAAGGCAGAGGAAGGAGAGGAAAUGAGGGACAGACAGACAGACAGGGAGAGGAAAUGAGGGACAGGCAGACAGAGGGAGGGGAAAUGAGGGACAGGCAGACAGAGAGGGAGAGGAAAUGAGGGACAGGCAGACAGAGGGAGGGGAAAUGAGGGACAGGCAGACAAAGGGAGAGGAAACAAGGGACAAGCAGACAAAGGGAAAGGAAACAAGGGACAAGCAGACAGAGGAGGAAUGUUGAGUGAGCGACAGGAUGUCAAUGGAGGGAGAGUCUAACCAUGUCAAGUCUGAAGCCGAGAGUUCCGAGGGGGGCAAGGAAACGACGGGUGUCCAGACUGGCCAUGACGCGGACCCGCUACAGAAGUCUCGUAGAGGCCUCGUGGUCAGCCGGCCCCCGAGCUGUCACCUGACCCGUGUUGACGAGGAACCAACGACCACUCAGGACGACAAGGGGCGUGCAUCACAGGUUGAGACUGUUGACCGUGGAGUUGGACCCACACCACACCCACCUCAUGUGGACCCCCAUGUACGGGAGCCACGCAUUCCAGCCCCAGGAUAUUUUGUCAACCCGCUCCUAGACCCCCGGAAUGGACUCCUCGAACAUGGAUACGGUAAUGGUUACGGAUUUCCGUAUGGUCACUUCCCAUACCCCAUAAACCAGCCCCUCCCUCUCGACUCCCACACACUGGAGGGGCGAUACCACUGGCCACCAUCUAGUCCAUAUCACCAGCCCAUGCCAGGACUUGCUGCAAGUCCCUCCCACUCUGAUGUUUCGGUGCUUAGUAUGCGUAGUCCGAUAGCACCAGGAGAGCCUGUCACGAGCCUCGCAGCACGAAUACACUGGGAACAGCUCCAACGGAACUACCUUUAUCAGAGUCCGUUGUCAGGGCGACGGUUCAGUCCCUCCUCACUACCAGGUCUACCCCUUGGUGGCCCUGGAUCUGUAUACAGUGAUUACCCCAGUCAUGUGUCAUAUAGUGGGCGGAGUAUGUUUGGGGACAUCCCGCCCACUCCGGGGAGUGGUAGCAUCACCCUUCCCGGCUCGUUAGAAAGUUCCCGUCUUACAAGUCCGCGCCCAAGUAUUAUAUGUAAAAGUCGCAAACGGGCAUUGUCUCAUUCUCCCAUCUCCGACUAUUUGGACAUACAAAGCCUCACAAGGAGUUCCGAAGGGUCGCUACAGUUCACUCCAUUUUUACAUAGUACAAACUCUAGGAGUUCCAGUGCGGCAAGUGGAUCAUAUGGUCAUUUAUCUGCAGCCUCCCUUGGAACUGCCAGCCCCGCCAUGCAGCAGAUGGGACAUCCCAUGAAUCCUUACAUGCGAUCAGGACCCAGCAGUAUGGCCGCUUCUCCCUUCAUCUAUCCCAUGAUGCCUCCAAUGAUGGGAGCAGGGAGAAUUCCGCCAGGGACCCUCAUACCGCCUACCUCACAUUCACAACCUAUUCAUCCACAACCUAAACACAACCCACCACCCCAAAUCUCCACCACCACCAAAGAGGCUGGCAGUAGUGUGGUGAGCAGUAGUACCAUAGACAAUGCUAUGGGGGAGAGCAAGCGGUCGAAAAUUAAAAAGGAGGCAGACAUGCCGAGUCUAGCAGAUGAUCUACAUGAUGAGGAUGAUGAGAAACACAAUGGGGAGGGGAUGGAGAAGGCCGGUCAUAUUCCUGUGGAGGGGGAGCCAGACUUCAUAGAAACCAACUGUCAUUGGGAAGGCUGUAACUGCGAGUAUGAAACUCAGGAUGAACUAGUCAAGCAUAUCAACAUCGAUCAUAUCCAAGCUAAUAAAAAGUCAUUUGUGUGCCGUUGGGUGGAGUGCACAAGAGAGUCCAAACCGUUCAAAGCUCAGUACAUGUUGGUGGUACAUAUGCGCAGACAUACAGGAGAAAAACCCCACAAGUGUACAUUUGAGGGAUGCAAUAAAGCUUAUUCUCGGUUAGAAAACUUAAAGACACAUCUACGGUCACACACGGGAGAAAAGCCAUACAUGUGUGAAUACCCAGGUUGUACAAAAGCUUUCAGUAACGCCUCUGACCGUGCCAAGCAUCAGAAUCGUACUCACUCAAAUGCUAAACCCUAUGUGUGUAAAGCUAUGGGAUGUACAAAACGUUACACAGACCCCAGCUCUCUACGGAAACAUGUGAAAACUGUUCAUGGUCCAGACUUUUAUGCAAACAAGAAACACAAAGGAGACAGCUGUAAACUGGAGAGAAACAUGGAAUCUGAUCAGGAUCAAGACAAAAAGGAUGACAGCAGCACAAAGAAGAUGGAGGAGUGUCUGACUGUCACACCACUUCACGCUGCCAUGUCUGGAGAGAGGAGGCGAUCACAGGACAAUGUUGGUAACGCUUUAUCCCAGCAGCAGCCUUCACCCCAGAGUAGUCCCGAGGUGAAUGUUACUAACUCCAUACAGCCGGAGAUAAUAGAGGAACAUGUGGGGUCUGGAACUCAGGUUACUCUGGAGGAGGAGGUGGAUAUCCCUGAACCUGAGGAGGCUGAUGUGCCCGGUGGUGGGACGGGGACAGUGAUAGCCCGAAACAACCGUCUCAAUGUGAUCCACCAGAACCGUAUCAAAGGGAAAAUGGUGGGGAAAAACAAUUCUACGUUACCUCAGCUUCCAGGUAAUGGCAAUAAUCGUAUAAACAGUCAGACAUCUCUGACGGAUCUGUCCAACAAGACCUCACAAGUCAAAAAUCCUCAACUCAAAAGAAUUAUGGAUCUCAAUGGUCAUGGAGACAAGCCGUUGCCUGGUUACCUGGGAGGAAGUCGUCGUGACAGCAAUACUAGUACAAUCAGCUCCUAUCUCAGUAGUAUGAGGUCUGAGGCCAGUCCGUGUUUUCCUUUCGGCAGCAAAUUCUCAAGUCGGCGAUCUAGUGAAGCAUCCCAGUUCAGUGAACGUCUCAGCAUUACAAACUCUCCUUAUGAGUAUGAUAUUACAGGGAAUAUGCCACACCAUGGCCCACAUUGUGGUUCUAGUCGACGGUCCAGCGAGGCCAGUAACAUCAGUAAUGUAGCUGCACAGCUGCAGAAAGCACAUCUUGGAAGCAACCCCAGCCUCAUAGUUCAGUCCCAAGCCAUGCCACUACGUAGUCCCUCAAGUAAAUAUUCCAGCGAGCGUCUGGCUCGUUUCUUAGCUGCUCGUAACGAACUGGAUGGUGCGCGAACGAGUACUCCAUGUCGCACUCCACUACCUCACGAAAUCCCCAACAGGGAUGUGCGCAGGUAUAGUGAUCCCGUACGAACACUAGACCCCAACUUCAGUGUGCUAAAAAGACUACAAAGGUUCCACAGCCUAAAUAUGAUGAAACCCCUUCCUGUUCCUCAGUCCAUGAAAAGUCUGCUAAGUAAGACUGGAUCUAACAAUACGUUCCAUUCAUCAAGGAGUAGUAUUAUGACAGAUCAUAGUCUUGCAGAAAACGAGGAAUGGUCACCUGGUGGGCAAAAUGACGGAAGUAUGGACACUGACAUUGAGGCAGCACUUAUGGAGAAAAUGUUGGAGGACAAUGAGGAUAUGAUUAUUCCUGAUGAUAUGAGGAGAUUCUUAAACGAAAGAUACGGAAAUCUGUUAGGAGUAGAUUCUGUGGUACCUGAAAAUGAUGAACAGCCUAUGACAAGGGGCAACAAUGUUCCAAGUUCAAAUCAAGAUGUUGGGUCAAUGGACUCAUACUCCAAUCAACCUACACCCAUGCCAGAUAAUCUGAAUGACAUGCAGCACUCUCCUGGUUACUAUGGUAACCAAGGAGGGAUGAACCAAUCACAGCAACCAGGCAUGACAUUCAAUAAUGGAGGGAGCACACAACAAUUCAAUCAGGGACAAAUGUGUAGUGGUAGUUCAAUGCCACAAAACAUGCAGCAACCAGUGCCACCCAGUAUGGGUCAAGGUGGCAUGCCCAAUCAGCAGGGGCUGCCACCAAAUAUGCAGGUGAAUCAGAUGUGGCCUCAAGGUGGUCCACCUAAUUAUAACAUGCCACAAGGGAUGCAAGGUAACAACCCUUCACAGUUACCUCAGGGACAAAGUGGCAACAUGAUGCCACAAAACAUGCCACCACCACCACAUACAAGUGGCAACAUGAUGCACCCACCUGUGAGUGGUGGCAUGCAACCACCAUCAAAGGGUGGGCAGAUGAUGCAAUCUCACCAAGCCCAGACAGGAAUGUCAAUGAUGGGUAAUCACAUGCCACAUCCUCCUAGCAACCAGCAGAUGCCACAGGGUGUGCCAAUGCCACCACAACAACGUAUGAACCAAUCAAAUAUGGGAUCUAUACCAAAUAUGCAGCAGGGUAAUCGAAUAAUGAACAACAUGAAUGGUGGCAACAUGAACCAAUGGCAGAUGAUGGGUAAUAAUGGACAGGGUGACAUGAACUCUAUGCCUCAGGGACGGAUGCCACAAGGGCCAAUGCCACAAGGGCCGAUGCCACAAGGGCCGAUGCCGCAAGGGCCGAUGCCACAGCAGCAGUACAUGCCUCAUCCACCCAACAUGAACAAACAGCAAAGCAUGCAGUCCAACAUGUCUCCGAACAUGCAACAGUCCAACAUGUCUCCGAACAUGCCACAGUCCAACAUGUCUCCGAACAUGCAGCCAAUGCCACCCAACCUGCAGCAUGUGCCACGGCCACCACCAUCUAGUAAGCAGGAGCGCGACAGUCCGCAAGUUCAAGUUCCUCAUAUCAGUACAUCACAAAUACCAUCUAAAAACAAGGCAGCCAGUCGUAAUCAAAUGAUCAUGCGUCAACAUCAACAACAAAUGAUGGUCAAUCAUAACACAUAUAAUAACAACAAUCAGAUGUACCCAGCCCCAGGCAACAUGGUAGAGGGGUAUGGGGGCAACAUGUACAACAACAUGGGUCAAAGUAACAUGAAUGUGCCUAUGUACCCCCAACAGAACAUGAACAUGGCCCCCCAUCCCCCACCAGGACCCCCACACAAGCCUGGGGGUCCACAACCCCCUCCGAUGUCCCAACAGCAGCACAAUCAGCAACUGAAACCAAACAUUUAUCAACAACAAAACCAGCCACCCCCGACAUCCGGGGCUACUUACCCCAACCCCCUCGAAAUGUCCCCAGGGUGCAAUCAAGUUACCAGCUCAACAGAUCGAAAGGAAAUCACAGCUCCACCCAUCGAAGAAUUCAUGGAGAACAUUAAUUCCAUAUCCUCAGAAAACCUCCUGGAUAAUAUCAGUUCCAUAUCCACGGAGAACAUAAACAAUAACAUGUACACUGGUGGAAAUCAGCGGUCAGCAUCGCAGACAUCAUCACGCUAUAAUCCGCAGUCACUGCCCGCCAAUAACAUGGUAGUGAACGAUAUGAGUUCAGUGUUAACACAGUUAGCAGAGGAAAAUAAAUUCCUAAGUAUGCGUCAUUGAUAAUAAUUAUGGAAUAAUUUGUGUGAAAGAGGAUUCAUUCUUUUUUUUCCAAAGACUAAUUAGAUAUAGCUAAAAUUACUGUAGCUGUGUCGACAUCACUUCAUAUCUUCUUUAAUACAAAAAACCGUGAACUUGGAGAAUGUUAUAUAUUUCCUCCUGAGGUUUCAAUAUUUGAUUGUUCAUUUUUUAUCUCAUUACAAUUGUGCAUGGACUAGUGAAUUUAACAGUUGUGGAGGAUUUCUGUGAAUUCAAGGACGAAUGAAAAAGAAUGAUUGAUAGGUGAAUGAAUUGGUGAAUAUAUAUAUAUAUUAUGUGAAUUGAGAAACUGUAAAGUGCUAAAACUCAUGCAUGUAUAUUCUCAUAUUACUUACCAGAAGUGAGGACAUUUUUAUCAUCUGUGAAGUUAUUAUGUGUCAGGUAUAAACAGGUUUUGUUUAUACUCUGGAGGAGAAAAUAAUCUCAGUUGUUUUGCUCAGUGCUAGCAUCGUGAUUUGUAUGUUAACAGUGACAUAAUGUACAGUGACUUAUAUUUGUUAAUGAAGUAUUAUAUAACUCUUGUGUAUUGUUUUUGUUGGUUAAAAUGAAAAAAAAAAUAUUAUCAAAUUUUUAAACAAGACAUGUCUGAAUGAAGUAAUUACCUAGCCUGAAAGGAAAAACAUUAAUUAAGAAGAAAGCGGGAUUGGUAGUUAUAAACAUACCCCAACACUUUUAUCUGUUAAUGUUAAAGUGAUUACGACAUUUUGAGUAGAGACAGUAUUUUUAUCUUUUAAUAUAGACAUCUUAAGAUUCUAGAAUAAUUAUAGUAUAAUUGUGGGCUAUUAAAACAGAACAUGUUGCUUUAUUUUUUAUAAACGUAGGAACCUUUGGAGACAAUGUCAAUCUUGUGAGAAUUAAUAGAGGAUGAACGUUUGUAGACAUGACUUUUCUGAUUUAACGAUGAUCUCCGUUACAGAUCCCAUAUUCGUAUCUGUUAAAUUGUGGUUUCUUCCUCAUUUAUUGUGCCAUUUACAAAUUUGUAUAAAUUGUUUUUUGUACGUAACAUCAUUAUGAAAUACUCUUACUCCUAAAUAUGAACUUUUAUUUAGAAACCUUCAGAGAUUAGCAAUAUCACAAGACUGAAUUAAGGAUACAAGCUACCUAGUAUUAUGCAUUUUCUGCUCCAUAAGAGUUCUAGCUGUUCACCUUGAUGAGAGAUGAUCAGUCUAUAUAAACUAGAUAGAUUUACAGGUUGAUGAGUCGUGACACCUGUUUUUUUCUGAAUCCAUAAGAAAGGGGAGACUACUCGUACACAAACCAGAUACAAGACGUGUAAUGAGUAUUGCAGUCUAAUCAAAGUCGAUAGUAUUGAUGAAAUAUAUAAUAGCUCUGGUAUUAUUGGUGCUUUACAUAUAUUUUUUUCGUAUAUUUUACUUAGUUCCCAUCUAAUGUGCCUUAUUUAAGCAAUAUACAAAAUGUGCUAUUCUGGAUUGUGUUUCAAAACAAAAUUAAAUGGAAAUGUUAUCAUAAUUUUAUUUUUUGUCACAUUUUUACAAUAUGCCUUAGGCAUCAUGAAAGUGCUAUUCUUCUGUUAUAAAUGGAAGUGAUAGUUUCUCCAGGGAUCUAUAAUACUUUAUAAAUCCCCAAUUCCUCCAGAUGAGAGGGAAAACAUAUUUGAGUUGGUGCACAACACAAUUAGCAAUAGGAUGAGAUUUUAUUGAAGAAACGAGAAUUAAUUUUUACUGUUUUAUUUUGAUCAUUAAAUUCUCUGAGAUUGUUAUUGAUGUUCAGUGUUUUUACUGAACAUUCUAAUACUCCGUUUAGCUAGAGAAAUACAAAUGUAUGCCUUUUUAGAGUUUUUUCCCUUUGACCAAUAAUCAUUACAGAGGAAUUUUUUGACCUCGCAACAUUACUCAAUGGUAUUUUUUGACAGAAAGUUGUCAUUCAUUCAGUUUUAUCUUAUUUUUCUUAUUUGACUGACUUUUAUGAGGGUAUUUUUUAUGUUUAGAAAUUUUAUUAGUAAUAAUGUUUAUGAAAUGUGGAAAUGUGUAGCCCUAGAACCUACAGGCUUCAUGAAAAUUUACUGUUAAUUUAGCACUUGAAUUUCAUGAGGUGAAAUAUUCUAAAAUAUUGCAGCUAAUCGUUGUAUGUUUACACAAUGCAGAGAAAAACAUUUCUGAUAUUACCCCUAAACUGUUGUUGGUGUAAACUGCAAUGCAGUGCAUGUUCUUUGCAUGAUUUCAGUUUCCUUAUGGACUGGCUGUAGCUGCCAAGCCAUAGGAAAUAUUAAUGGUAACAAUGCUCUUAAGCAGUGAAGGCAGCCUCCGUAAAGUUUGACAAGUGUAUCUAUAGAACUUGUAAUGAUAACCAAUAUUACAGCCUAAUCAAGUAAGAAAUAAAAUUUCACUCAUGUUUCUUUUUUUCUUUUUUUUAGGAGAAACCAUGUUUUAUGUGUACUGUAGAAUACUUGUCAUAUUUUUAUUUUCACUGAAUAAGAAUUAUAAACUAAUAUUUUAGAAUAUAUUGUUCAUCUUCAACUGCAUGUCCAUUGUAAAUAUAAAAAGAUUUCCAUCCUACAUGUGAGCUACUGUUACGUAUCCGUCCACAUUUCCAGCCUUUCAGACAUUGGACUAUUUUAGUGUUUAGACAUAUACUGUUUCAUUUUAAAAUGAUUUUAAAUUCAAAACCUACUUUCUUCCUUUGUUUUAUCUCGUUUUUUUGUUCCUCUCCAGCACAUUCUUUCGAUCUAAUGGACAUGUUUUAAUGGAAGUCUCUGAAGUAACUUACAUAUCAGACCAGGUAUAAUAAGACAUUGUGGCCAGUGUAGUACUCGGAUAAUAAAAGUCAUUUAUCUACCUGGGUAAAAUUUUUCAAAUCAUUGUCGGACAAGUAGUCACAGUUAUGGAAGUCAUACGUUUGUGACAUAACUGUGGGAGAUCAGUACCCAUAAAUGUUUUGUCACUUUACGAAAUGGAAUUAGAUAUUCAUUGUACAGUUUUUUCCUCAAAGAAGCCCCACCCAUAGUGUAAAAGUUUAGUACCAUAUUUAUCCUCAAACAAGCCUCCGCCUAGUGUAAAAGUUAAGUGUUAAAUUUUGGGGAGAGCUUAUUUUUUUGUAAAUCGUUUUUAGCUUACUACAUGUAUUCAAAAAAUUUUCAAAAAUUGCUGACUGAAGGGGGCUUAUUUGUGGAUAAAUUUAGCAUUUAGGAGGCCUAGAGAAAGCCAUGCACAUUUGGGAUUUCACUGAAUUUUCGUUAAGAAAAUACUUGAUUUUGCAGAUACAAUUUCAAUAAUUAUUUUUUGAUAUGGAUCUCUGAGAAUGUUCAUACAGGUAUCAUAAUAGCCUUUCAAACAUCAAAUCGUUCUGUCAGUGACAGUUUAUUUUGGAGUUCUGACAUCAAUAUGGUCAUUCAUUGCUAUUAAACAUUGUGUGGUUAUCAAAGGUAAUCAAUGUACUAAGAGUACUUACAAAAUAAACUAAAAAAAAAACAAAAAACCCACUGAUUUUUCUGUCAGUUCAACAAUGUCUUUCCCAUAUCUACUUUUGAUGUUAUAAGGUAAACAUGCUAACCAGACCGUAAUGUCAUAUCCAACACCACUGCCUUUAGACAUUCUGACAGAUGUCGGGUAACAUUGUGUUGGGGCUAGAGGAAACUCUACAAUGUCAUUUGUCUUCAAAUUGGACAAUAAGAUCUUGUCUGGAAACUGGAAAUAAGGAGUACUGUAUAAGUCUGUAAGUGUAUGUAUAGUGUAGUAUUUAUCCUGUAUUUGUUUGUGCCCUUUGUUCAAAGGUGCUUCCUACCCUGGGUUAACAAGAAAUGGGGUUCAGUAUGGUGCGGUUGCUAUAGCAACUGCCUCUAGGGGAGAUAACUACAAUUGAUAUGUAAUAGGUAGCACAUCACUAAAUGUGAUAGUAGAGCAUGCCAGUGUUGAAUUAUUUCAUCAUUUAAUGAUACUUCAAAAGAAACAUUUGAUGUUGUUUUUUUUUACAUUUUCACUACAUAUGUACAAUGACAGUUUAUGUAACAAUUAUAAGUUGAUGAAAUUGAUUUAUUUCUUAGUUGAGAAAAACAUUAAGUAUCAAAGUAGCUAUACUGUUAAAGAAAGUAGAAACCAAUUUAUUGGUGUGCUACCUAAGUGUGAUGUCCUAGACAGAUAUAGCUUGCCCUUUGCAAAUCUAUGCAAAUUAGAAGAGCUAUGCAAGUAGGCUUUGUGAUUCAUACGUACUUAACCAACAUUUACUCAUAUCUACACAUUAUUUCAUAUCUACUAUAUGUUAUAUUUUGCAAAGACAAACAUAUUUUUGUACCACAUAAUGUUCUGGUACCAAGUACAUCAUAGAAAUGAAUAACAUUGUUUUAGGUGUCAUAAAAAUGUAAAUAUAUUAUGUGCAACCAACAACA